UGGGGUUCCAUAUUUUUAAAACCCUGCUACGGUCGUCUUUCAGUCUCGCUCCCACCUUCCUUCACGUCCUCCCUUCCUUCACCCCCAAUGGAAGACCACCACCGCUCGCCCUCUUCUUCCUCCCAACAAGAUGGCAACCAAACUCCACUCCCAUUUGCCUCCUUUUCUCUCUCUCUCUUCUCCCCUCAUCUCUCUUCUUCUUCCUCUCCCUCCUCUUUGCUCGCUCCCAUCCCUUUCCGCCUCAAGAUCCCUUCUCAGAUCACCUCCCUCUCCCUCGCCCUCUUUCACUCCCCCUCCUUUUCCUCCCUCUCCGCCCCGUCGAAAUUCUCCAGCUCUCUCUCUCUUUCCCGCUUCUCCCUCUUCCGCAGCCGCCCCGCCGACCCCCUCGUAGCCGCCGGCGCCCGCCGCUGCGCCAUCGUCUGGUUCCGCGCUGAUCUCCGCCUCCACGACCACGAAGUCCUUUCCGCCGCAAAUGACGACUCCCUCUCCCUCCUCCCGGUCUUCGUCUUCGACUCCCGGGAUUUCGGGCACUCCGCGGGCGGAUUCGACCGGACCGGCCUCCGCCGCGCUCGCUUCCUUCUCGACUCUGUGGCUGACCUCCGUGCCGGGCUGCGCCGCCUCGGAUCCGAUCUCGUGGUGAGGAUCGGCUGCCCAGAGGUGGUGCUGCUGGAGCUCGCGCGCGGAGUGGGCGCCGAUGCGGUGUACGCUCACCGGGAGGUCUCCCAUGAUGAGGUGCGCGCGGAGGAGCGAGUUGGAAAGGCGAUGGAGGACGAGGGGAUCGAGGUGAAGUAUUUUUGGGGGAGCACGUUGCACCACAUUGAGGAUUUACCGUUCCAGCUGGAGCAACUGCCCACCAGUUAUGGAGGGUUUAGGGAGAAGGUGACGGGCGUGAAGGUAAGGAAAGCGAUUGAGGCACCGGAGAAGCUUAAUAGAAUGCCAUCAAGAGGAGGUGUCGAGCCUGGGGAGAUCCCUAGCUUGCAAGACCUUGGGUUCAAUCAGGCACCAACCAUGUCACAGGAUAGCAAGCCUUGCUUCAGCACUCCUGUUGGCGGGGAAACUGAAGCACUAGAGAGAUUGAAGAAGUUUGCUUCUGAAUGGCAAGCACAACCGAGAAAAGCAAAGAUUUCCAACAUAGAUAGUAUAUAUGGUGCUAAUUUCUCAUGCAAAAUCUCACCAUGGCUAUCAACAGGAUGCCUUUCUCCGCGCUUUAUAUUUGAGGAGUUGAAGAGUAGGACUAUUUCUGCUGCUUCAUCACGGAAUAAUAGUCCUGAUUCAGCAGAUGGAGGUGGGAACUGGUUGAUGUUCGAACUGUUAUGGAGGGAUUUCUUCAGGUUUGUCACCAUGAAGUGCAGCUCUGCAACGAAAAUGGUCCAAGCUGCACCCAGCAGUGCUUGCACUGCUGCUCUACCCUAACUCUGCUUUGCAUCUGCAAUUCAAAUGCAACCUCGACCUAAGGGCACAGCUGUUUUGGCUUCUGUAGAUUGACACCAGUAUUUAUAUUAUCAACUAUGCAUCCGAGAGUUGUUUCAGCCAAAGGGUUAAAAUUCUUAGUCAAGACUAGUCGCUGCUUGUAAUUUCAACGGUGCGCAUGGAAUUAAUGGCUUUUGCACCGGAAAGGAACAUAUUAGUAAUUUAUUCUAUAGUGGAUCAUGAUCCAUCCCAUGUUGUCAUUUUGAUGGGAUCCUGUUUACUUCUAUUGUUCUACAAUAUUAUUUAAUCUAAUGCUUUUGUGCA